UUCGGCGAUCGCCGUGGUACGACUUGUACCAGGGAACUCGUGAAGAUCGUCCGAUUUUGAUCAAGAAGUAUCGCAGCGAACCAUGGUCUAUUAAGAUGAACACACACGAAAUGGCUGUACUAAUCCAGUUGAAUCACAGGAACGUGGUGAAGCUGGUGGGUUGUUGCUUGGAGACCGAGAUCCCCAUCCAGGUUUACGAAUUUGUCCUUUCCAACGGACUUCUCUCGGAACGUAUACGUAUUCAUAAAUCCAUAUCUGGUCGUGAGAUACUACCGUGGGAGAGUAGGCUAAGGAUUGCUUCAGAGAUUGCUGAUGCAGUAACUUAUAUCCACACAGCAGCUGCUAGGCCUAUCAUCCACAGGGAUAUCGCAUCUCAUAAUAUUAUAUUGGAUGAACGAUUUGUUCCCAGGCUCUUCGCAUUUGAAUUAUCACUAUGGAUUCCCUUGGGCGAGACAAGUGUACAAACUGACUGUGUGCGUGGGACAAAAGGAGCCAUGGCUCCUGAAACUUGGAGAACUGCAAUAUAUACAGAGAAGGCCGAUGUGUAUGACUUCGGUAUUAUCCUGCUAGAGAUUCUGGCUGGAAUGAGUUACUGUGAGAUGUUGAGGACAUUGGAUGAUAUUGAGAGACGCCUGGAUGAGAUGAAUUCAUCAUCUAAUUCGGACAAUUGUAAUUUACAGAGCACUACUCUCUCUGUCGAAUCGCGGUACGGAGAAAGGGUGAUCCAGAUAAACUUGCCAGAGGAUUAUGCCAUUUCCGACGAAGAAGGCCGUCGAUUAAUUUUGAUGGCCAAUCUCUUCCUAGAGGGGAGAAGAGAGCAACAGACGGCAUGUUUAGAGCUCUCAUUUAGAUGCACGAAAGAUAACCCUGAAGAAAGGCCAAUGAUGGAGGAAGUAGCAAAAGAGCUUCGGCGGAUCAGAAAAUUCAAAAUUGCCAAUGAGGUUGAACAUGAUAAAGGAGAUACUUCACACGUGUAAAUGAGACAAAUUAAAAUUUACAUAUCAAGUUUCUUUUUUAUGCUUUUAGUUUCAAGUAUUCAAGAACCUUAAAUUUGUAAUAGAUUUUAAAUACAUAGAUGUAUUAAAAGUACCCUUGAGAUGUAAUUCAUUUCUUCAUUAUAUAAUUUUUUAUUAAAAUUUUGUGUUCAA